UUCCCAUGUUAUAUGAAGGAGAGUUGGUACAUAUUCUGUAAAGGAAACACACUGCUGUAUAUAUUGAAGAUAAUAUCUAUAGUUAAGCCUAGUGUUGCAUGGAGCAAUGGCAAACUCCUGUCCCGCAAAUCUACAAGGAGAGCAGCUAGAGCAGAAGUUAUUGUUGCUCCCAAGAAAAGAACGAGUAGCCACAAUGUCCCUGAAUUAUCAAAGCAAGGCAUUCCUCAUACUGAUCUACAUGUACGAGAAAUUGUCAAGAGGCAAUCUACUGACAAGUCAGCCAUGUUUGAUGUGUGUCAAAAACCACAGUUUCAUCCUAUGUUUCUUGAAGAAGCUUAUGAAAGGUGCAGGAACAUUUGUGCAGAAUAUGCCAAGACCUUUUAUCUAGGAACUCUGUUAAUGACAGAGGAGCGACAGAAAGCUAUAUGGGCUAUAUACGUUUGGUGCAGGAGGACUGAUGAACUUGUGGAUGGCCCCAAUGCUGCCUACAUGAGCUCUGCAGUUCUUGAUAGAUGGGAAGAGAGGCUGCACGACAUCUUCAAUGGACGCCCCUAUGACAUGCUUGAUGCUGCACUAACUGAUACCAUUUUCAAGUUCCCCCUAGAUAUUAAGCCCUUCGGGGACAUGAUAGAGGGCAUGAGAAUGGAUACCAAAAAUUUUCGCUAUGCAAAUUUUCAAGAGCUCUACCUUUACUGCUACUAUGUGGCUGGAACCGUCGGCCUAAUGAGUGUCCCAGUAAUGGGAAUUGCACCAGAGUCUCCGGUUUCUGCUCAAUCCAUCUAUAAUUCAGCACUCUACUUAGGCAUAGGAAAUCAACUAACAAACAUUCUCAGAGAUGUUGGAGAAGAUUCCCUGAGAGGGAGAGUAUAUCUCCCCCAAGACGAGCUUGCACAGUUUGGGCUCUGUGACAGGGACAUUUUCUCGAGAAAAGUCAGUGAUGGAUGGAGGGAGUUCAUGAAACAGCAGAUAACAAGAGCAAGAUUCUACUUCAACCAGGCGGAGGAGGGAGCUUCUCAGCUAGACAAGGCUAGUCGUUGGCCGGUAUGGUCAUCAUUACUGUUAUAUCGCAAGAUCUUGGAUGCCAUUGAAGAGAACGAUUAUGACAACUUGACAAAGCGGGCAUACGUUGGGAGGACAAAGAAGCUUCUCAUGCUGCCAUUAGCAUACUCCAGAGCUCAGUCAGCCACCCACCUUGGCCUUUCAGGAACCAAGUUUUUGGGCUUUUAAUCUUUGAUCUGAUGGUGAAAAUUGCUGGCAUACUGGUAUCUCCCAAACUACAUGAAAUAAAUGGUGAUGAUGCACGGGAGAAAUUCUGAGAUAUUUUACCAAGUUGUUGAGAAAUCUUAGCUUGAUUUUGAAGAGAGCUGUGUAUACCUGUUUAUGUUGUACAGUUAUACUACUUGGAUGAAAAUAUCAUAAUUUUGGAAAUAAA